AAAGGCCAGCGAAAAUGUCGAAGCCGGUAUUACGUGUAUUAUCGCAAAUCUCUGGUGAUGCCAGUGGACCACCCACCUGGCUGGAUCAACAGGAGCUGCAGCGUUUGAUAACUGAGAAUAGUCCGAAGUUCCAAAGUAUUGUUGGCAUAAGCACAAGAUCGGAGCAAUUCCCUAAAAGUGCGCUGCGUAUGCAAAUUCAAGUGAAGUUGGCGGAAAACACCAUUCAAACGAUGAACUUUUUGGUAAAGUCAAAGGAACAAACCAAUUAUGAUACACUAAAGUUUCCACGGCCCCACAGCUUUGAACUGGAGAUGCACAUGUACAAUGAAGUGUUGCCAGCUCUUGAGGAACUCUACAAGAAUGUGGGGAAGAGCAUAAAUUUCAGUCCGCACAGUCAUAAGCCUAAGCUAGUACAUCCAGCAAAGGACUCCAAAUGUCUGUACCUUGACUAUCUGCAGGACAAGGGAUAUAAGUUGGCUAAUCAGCCCAAAGGACUAAGCAAAUCAGCCAUGGAGGCAAUCCUCUCCAAGCUGGCCGCUUAUCAUGCCGCCACAGCCCGGUAUCUUCAACUGAAUCCAAACCAAUUAAGGGAACUAUCAAAUCGCAGUUCAAGGAAAGAAUCUGAUCAUAAAAUAGCUGAACUUAAGAACUUUCUUCAGCGUAAAUUUAGCGAGAGUUUGCGAUCAAAUGGUCUACAGGAUUAUGAGGAUAAGGUGAAAUGCUACCUAAAAAAUUUAGCUGAUUGCGAGAAGACGGAUAUAAAGAGAUCUUUUAAUGUCAUCUCAAUUGGUGCUUGUUGGCCCAACAAUUUACUUGGACAUUUCGAUGCCUUUGGCAAUGUGAAGGAUGCGAUUUUUAUUGAUUUUGGUAGCGUCAGCCAUGGACCUGCUAUCUAUGAUCUAUUCCAACUGCUUCUAACAGCACCUGCUGAAAAAACUGAGCAUUUUGAUGCUCACUUGAGAUAUUAUCAAGAUGAACUUAAUGCCAACUUAAACUUGCUCAAUUUCAAGGGAAGUUUACCUACAUUGACAGACCUUCAAGUGGAGCUAUUAGAUUUUGGACAUUGGGGCGUAGAAGUGGUUAUGGAAAUAUUACCAUUGGUCCUAGCUGAUUUUGAAUCUUCCGAUGUGGAUGAUAUAUUCAAGACUCGAAAGUACUCGGAGGAAAUCAAGAAGCUUCUGCCCUGGCUGGAGAAUCGUGCCUAUUUUGAGGUUGAACCAGAACCCAUUAAUUACUAUUAAAACCGAUUGAAUCCAUGUUUAUAAUCUGAUUUUAUAAACAAUUCUUGAAGUCAAAAUAAUUCGACCAACAUCCACCUGAUAAUCUUGCAACCACAACUUGUUUCUGUAUCUAACAACAUUAUUAUAGCUUGAUUUGUGUGCGAAUUCUUGCAGCUGCCGCAGCAACAACACAUGUUGAUGCAACAUUGAAGUCACAGCCCAAACA